GGUCGCGAACGUAUGCGCGCGCUGUCGUACGCGCUUCGGAAUAAAAUAAUCCAAAAUUAACGAAAAACUAAAGUUUUAUGCAGCUCCGGAACUGUUUAACACGAAUUCGAUAUUCAAAUCAGUGAAAGUGACAGUUUGUUUUUUUUUGUCGUCUGUGGAUUUUUUGUUUAUUUUUCACAACUUAGCGGCCUUAGACAGUGGCAUUGUUUGCUUUGUUGAUCUGUAACAGCUGUCAAAAUAUUAUUCAGAUUAUCAAGGUAUCGAACCCGGAAAUCAUCGGAGCUCAACGCCACGAGGUGUAAAGGAGGACGGACACUGGUGUUUUAAAUGCCCAUCGACCUACAAACCACCGCGCAAGUGGAAUCAAGAUCGAAAGUAUAACUGAUUAAAUUCCACCAGUAGGGUGACAAGAUCAUACCCACCAGGAGUUAGAAAGCAUUUCAUUGAAACGCAGUAACUCGACUACGAAAUCGUGACACAGUAAUCCGCAAACUGUGAUUUGACUGACACUCUUCGACUAAUAAACGACCUGUGUAUACAUACUAAAAAAAUCAACUGAUCUAAAAAAAAGUUUAAAUAGCAACAAUAUCGUUGCAAUAUUACCAAAAAGCCUAGAUUCCACCAAAAACAAACAAACAAAAUAUACAACAGACUGAAACUAUGAUUGCAAUACAAGUAAUAGUCAAGAAAUUUCGUAAUACCAGGAAUGUAUGUUUGUGAAGAUGUGUUUACAAGUUACGUAGAGUAGAGAAACCAAGAUGGCGAAUAAAGUUAAGAACAAUCAUUAUGUUGCGACGCAUCGGUCGGGGGUGGAUUCGCCUUCUUCAGGGGGAUACUUGCACAGAUCUUCGAGGGAUGAGAACGACAGUCACAGAGCACCCUCCGAGAGGACGCUGUCGGAAUAUACGACGAUAGACGAACGGACGCGGUCCCCUUCCGGCGGCGGUGAACGCAGGAAUGGUCGCCGACAUCACAGCAAUGGGUCGCCACGUGACUCCGGCUCGGAGGUCUACGUCACUAGCGCCGCAUACCGGCCACCCUCUGAAAUAAGUCGACAGUCGCGAGCGCCUCGCAGCGUCUACUCGUACCGGAGUGCGGUGGCGCCCUCCGUCGCCUCCACACACCGCUCCAAAGUCUCCAGAAAGGCUGGAGUGAAGGUGGACGCGAUGGCGGCACCCAACCCCUUCUGCCCCAACGUGAAGGGCAUGUGCUGCUUAAUGCUGCUGCUGAACCUGGGCCUCAUCCUCGUCACACUCGGCUUUGUCAUCGUGCUGCAGUUCUUUGAACCGCUGUUUGUUUGGAUCCUGGGUAUAGUCUUCCUCAUAUUCGGUUUCAUCACACUAGUCGGCAGUCUCAUCUACUGCGUAGUGCUCUGCCGAGAGAACCCUUAUCCCCGCCACCCCGAGGAGUUCUACUGGACCCACCAUUGGUCCAAGACCAUCGGCCCAUCGGAAAUACACUACAGUGCCAGUGAGAAGCCUUACCGGCAAAAUGGACAUAGAUACGACAACGGAAAGUAUUCAGACAGGGAAAGUGCUAAAGGCUAUUCAGACAGGGAGAGUAAGCUUAGUAGGUAUUGAACUUUUCAUGUUUAAGUUAAUACCGAUCUGAAGUUGGCUCGCGUUAAAAUCAUUCGUACUCAUUUCGUACCAUGAACCAUUCGUUCAUUUUAUCGUAUUGGCAUGAUGACUAGUUUUGAAAAAUUGCCUUAAGAUAUUAAGAAGUAUCUAGCAUAUUAAGGUAAUUGAAGGUUUUGUUGACAUAAAUUGCUAAUCCAAUUAAUAAAAAUUAUUACUCGUGUAACGUUCGCCGGGCGUAAUGGCCGCACUCGAGACUUCAUUGUAUUUGGAACACUUUUGUAUUGAUAACAAAAAUCUUCGCAAUUAAUAUUUUUAAAUAAUAAAAAUAGUUUAUAUACGCAGAUUUUCGAAUUUCAAGCUGUACAAAAUUUUGUUUAUAUAAAUGUAACAUCAUAAUAAUGA